AGUUUCAGGAUGGCUGAAAAUGCCGGUCAUCCCGUCACUGAUGUUUCUCUUCGGCCACUAAUUACUGGUUUGUCACCUAAAGAAGGAGUUCCAGGGACACAAAUUAAAAUUCGUGGCGAGAAUCUUGGGAGGAGUCAGUCGGAUAUGAUUGCUUUAUCCAUCUGUGGAACUGACUGCUUAAUGUCGGCGAAGUGGAAAUCGUCCUCUCUGAUUAUAGCACGUAUUGGGCAAGCAAAACGUGGUGUCGGAGAGGUAGUCCUUCUAACAAAAUCAAUGGGAAAAAGUACCUCAAAUGUCACAUUUCGUGUUUUUAUCGUGCAGGUUGGUCCGUUAGAGGAAAGUGCUGUUUGGGUGGAUGAAACAAGAACGGUUCCUGGUCGUGAAGUUGUCCGUAAUGUUCCCGAAACAACAGUUGCACUGGAUGCAUUAGGAUUGACGGUCGAACCGUAUAAAAAAAUGGACCAGAUAUCUCUAAUGCAAAUGUUUCCGGAAGGCUCAGGCAACCUUCGAAUGGAAAAUUUCAACGCAGCUUGGUACUUGCUCGAAAAUCAUCGUGGAACUAAACUUUCCGACCUCAGAGAAGGAUUAAUGUAUUUAACACAAAGCACUAAAGAGGGUGAAAAAAGCAGUUCUGAUUUGCAUCGUGCUAAUCUGUACUCACUGAUUAACUGCGUUGAUACACUGGCAACACUUCAUGAUAACAUGCAGCUGGAGAAACAUGCUCGUGGUUGGCCGCUCACAAAAAAUAUUUCUGAGAAGCUGGCUAAAUCAUACACAGCAGCAAAUGCAGUAUUCCAUGAGGUUUUAACAAGGAAAGAUCGAGCGGAUGCUACACGAAAUGCCUUAUCAGUGCUUACUCGUUUCCGAUUCAUUUUUUUCCUCUCCAGUGCUAUCGAUCAAAAUUUAUCAAAAGGUGAAUAUUCAACCAUUCUGAAUGAUUAUACUCGUGCGAAGUCACUCUUCAAGGAUACUGAAGUGUCACUGUUUAAGGAGGUGAUGGCUAACUUGGAUCAGAAAAUGGAAAUAUUUAAGAGAAAUAUGAAGCAGCGUUUGAUCGAUAUGCCUACUUCAUUUGAAGAUCAAAGUAAACUAAUCAAAUAUCUGAAAGUUCUUGAACCGAAUUCAGAUCCAGCAUGGGACUGCAUUACAGCGUAUCAUUGUUGGUUAGAAGAUCUUUUGUGGCAAACGCAAAGAAAGCAUCUGAAUUUAGCACUUGGCCAGGUCAACAGUAAGAAAGAUUCGUCGGGUAUAUUCUUAUUAGUUGAAGAAAACUCGCAUAACCUUCACGAUUUUGUUCAAGAAAUGGUUGAUCUUAUUACCGACAAAUUACAAACAUUCUGGAAGCUUUCGCAAAUAUACUCUUCAUCAGUUACAAAUCUAACAUCGGUGGAUCGUUUAUGCGAUAUUAAUCAAAUGCUCAUAAAUACAAUCAAUGUUUCGUCUUGGCUGAUACUGAAUGCAUUAGUACCUGAUGCCUUACCUGAAUCAGUUUUACAAAAAUACAGCGAACAGUUCGCGAAAUGGCCACUUAUCACUUCAUCGCCUCUCACGCAUCAGUUAUUUUCAUCAUUAAAAGUUUUGAGGUCAUGUGUAAGUUUCAUGCUAGAUUGUAAUUUUACCUCGGAGCAGCUGCAGCCACUGUUGGAGCUUUGUGUUACCAUUCGAUUAAAAUGUUUAUCAAAAGUAAUUGAAAGAGUUACUCAGGGAGUAAUUAACUCAGCAAAUGGAGAAAUAUGGAAACUGGAAUGUACGGGUUUGUCGAAAACUAUUUUACCAGAUCUGUAUGAAACCGAGGUGAAUGAUAGCAUGGGACAAAUACGACAAAUACUUUCAUCAUCAAAUUACCCUGGUGAACUGGAUUUGUUCAGCAGGGAACGGUUUCGUUCGAUGUUGGUUGAUUUGUUUACGAUGAUUCUCACUUCAGUUCGUGAUUGUAUAGAGAAUGUUCUACAGUUGAGAGGUUGUGUAAAGCGUCCAUCAGCUUUAUUCAAUGAAGGAACUGCUAGCAGCCGAAAGCUGCUCAUUGCUAUAUGUAACAUUGAGUAUAUACUCGCUAAUUCUUUGCCCGCAUUGUGUCGUCGCUUAGCUGAGAAUGGUGUCAAAUAUGGUGAUAUCAUAUUCGAAAAAAGCAAAGGACAAUUAUUAUUGUUUCGACAGAACUUGAUGAAAUAUUACUUGCAAAUAAAAUGUGCUACGUUUAGUUCUAUGUUUGGAUCGGCUAAUUAUGAUGAUCUACCGAAUGAAGAGGCAUCAGAUUACAUAAAAGAGCUCGUCAUGUAUCUAAUAUUCAUCCAAUCAGAAAUAUGCUUACUCGCUCCACAUCUCAUGCGCGAGAUCCUUAGUCCAAUAGUACAAAAUGCAUUUGACCAUCUAAUUGAUCGACUGGAUCAUUUGCAAAAUAUGUCGUUGAAGCAAACCACACAAGUUGCCAUUGAUGUUACUGCGUUAGAGGAAAGUGUACAAAAUUUCUUAUCGCUGGAAACAAGGACUGUUGUGAAUUCAUCCCGGGCCAAACUUGUCAACAGUUUGGAUCAGUUGCUUUUCCAACGAAGUCUCCGUAAUUUUCGCGCUGCAAUGCGAAUGGCUAUUGUAAGUUUGAACUGGGACCAUACAGAUGCAAACGAUUCGUCUGAUAUAUGAGCGUGAAAAAAACCAUGGUAGUUGAAAGGGAACUGUAUUAUAAUCACUUUCAGUUUGUUGUUUAGAACCAUACGUUACAUUCUCAUAACAUUAUGAUGUGGAAGAUAAUGCACGCAGAGAAGGAUAUUAGCUUGCUGUGCUAAGGGGAAAGGCAACAGCAACCAGAGUCAUAAAAUCCAAACUGUGCGCGUUUAUCAAAUGUUGUUUUGCAAUCCUGUUCUCAUUCGAAGUUGUAUGACCAUUUUCAAGUCCUAACUUGUGAAAAGUAAAGUCAUGUGAAA